GUUUCAGUGGCUCUUCUGCUGAUUCUUCAUACAAAUGGAGGGAUGAGUGACCUUGUUUUUCCUAGUGACAUCACUGUUCCUUGUGACUAAUGCUGGAUCUGGCCUGCAUCAUCCAUGGGACAGGGGAAAAUAAACAUUUUAUAGCACAACUUGGGAGGCUUGCAAACAAAAAGCAAAAUUGGUUAAAAUCCAAGUCUGAUUUAUGAGGCAGAUCUAUUCUCAGCUUUUAAAUAUAGCCGAACAAAUCUAGUUUCCCUUUUGAGUAUGUUAGCGCCAGUGACUGAAGGUGAAAUUCUUCCUGUUAAGGUUCUGAGCUCUGGAGGCCGUCUGCAGUAAAAGGAAGUUGUGUGUUCAGGCUGCCAUCGUGAUUCAUGCUUCAAAAUGUCUUAAUGUAUGGUGAUAAGAUGGAAGCGGGUGGCUGGCUGGUUGCUGACCCCUCCCUGCAUUCCCUUUGCGUUAGUGUUCAGAGGGUGAAUUCUGAAGCUCUCUGGUGCUGAGCAGAGCAGGAAAGUUUUAUUAUACUUCUCCAAAUGAGAAGCUUAAAUGACUUGUGUGCCUACAUCGCCCUGGUCCAUCGCUGGGAGACUAGUUCCCUCAGUAUAGAUACAGCAGCAUCUAGAUAGAAAGUAUUAACAGGGGACACAUUGUUUCAGAAGCAGCUUCGCAUUCUUCUCUUAUGCAGCUGCUUGUCUUGGCAUGUGCCAGAGCAUGUCUGGGUUUAGCAUGCUAAUUCCGUGGGUUGAGACAUUGCUGCAGUCUUGGAAUUCAGGGGUGGGUGUGGCCACCUCAAAUGUAUUUGCGGAAUCAAAACCACCGAAUCUUAUCUGCAAUUAACUCUUCCUAGCGAAGCCGUUAUACGUGUAGAAAAAGAACCGACCCUUUGAUAGCAAUCCUACAAGAAGUCAGUUAUGGUCAUAAUCAGAGCUGUGGUCAGUUUUCCUGUCGUCUAUAAAAUUCUAGGCAGGGUCUUACGCCUCACCUACCGCCAUGGUAUCUGAGCACUUACAACAAAAUAUCUGGAAGUUCUCCUUGUCAGUCUAGCAUGGAUGUGCUAUGAAUUGCUAUGCAGUAGACACUAUUUGGUAAUUAUGGAUUGGCCCAUGGAGCCCUCUGGCAGCUGGGUAAUCAGAAGAGUUAUCUGAACAAUGGGUAAGCGUGCGACGGAGUCUAAAAUGCCUAAAGUGGAUGAUGUGAGGCUAGAAUAAGAUUCCCCGUCGGAUUGGGGAAUGGCUAACAUUCAGAAUGCUAAGUAAGCCCAUGAGACUAUUGAGCACUCCGUUGAUGAUGUGUGCGAGGAGCUAAUGGUGAGUAGUCUCUCUCUGCAGGUGGUGAGCAAUGACUGAGAUGCAAAGCUUGGUUGAGCGGUUGGAGAAGGCUGUGGGUCGCUUGGAAGCUGUGUCCCAAAGCCCUGGCAUGUAUGGAGAUGGCUCUUCCAAAGGAAUGGCUGCGUACGUGCAAGCUUUCGACACUCUCCUGGCUGGUCCAGUAGCAGAAUAUAUGAAGAUCAGCAAAGACAUUGGUGGCGACGUUCAGAAACAUGCUGAAAUGGUCCAUACAGGCCUGACGACCGAGAGGGUUCUCCUGGUGACAGCAUCACAAUGUCAGCAGCCAUCAGCGAAUAACUUCUCAACGCUACUGAAACCCAUUUCAGAGCAAAUCCAGGUGGUGCAGAACUUCCGGGAGAAAAAUCGUGGCAGCAAACUGUUCAAUCACCUAUCCGCUGUCAGUGAGAGCAUCCCAGCACUGGGCUGGAUGGCUAUGGCCCCAAAGCCUGGUCCCUACGUGAAGGAAAUGAUGGAUGCGGCCAUGUUUUACACCAACCGGGUCCUCAAGGAAUACAAGGAUGUAGAUAGGAAACAUGUGGACUGGGUGAAAGCUUAUCUGAAUAUCUGGGCAGAGCUGCAGACAUACAUCAAAGAGUAUCACACCACUGGGCUGACCUGGAGCAAAACGGGUCCUAUAGCAAAAGAGGUGGGCAAUGCACCUGCAGCACCCCCAACUGGUGGUGCUCCUCCACCGCCUGGUCCUCCCCCACCUCCUGCUCCAGGCCCCACAAACUCCGGUUCAGAUGACUCUGUGUCCCGCUCAGCACUGUUUGACCAGAUCAAUCAGGGAGAAGGCAUUACCUCCGCCCUGAAACAUGUUUCAGAUGAUAUGAAGACUCACAAGAACCCAGGGCUGAAGAAUCAAGGUGGCCCUGUCCGAACAGGACCCAAACCAUUCACCGCUCCCAAACCCGCCUGUGCAGCUAACCCACCCAAAAAAUCAUCCCCAAAGAAGGAACCGGCGAUGCUAGAGCUGGAGGGCAAGAAGUGGAGAGUGGAAAACCAGGAGAUGGCCUCCAACCUGGUGAUCAGUGACACAGAGCUGAAGCAGGUAGCAUAUAUUUACAACUGCACGAACAGUACACUCCAAAUCAAGGGCAAAAUCAAUUCCAUCACAGUGGAUAACUGUAAGAAGCUAGGUCUGGUGUUUGAUGAUGUGGUGGGCAUCGUGGAGAUCAUAAACUGCAGGGACGUUAAAGUUCAGGUAAUGGGUAAAGUGCCAACAAUUUCCAUCAACAAGACAGAUGGAUGCCACGUGUAUCUGAGCAAGAGCUCCCUAGAAUGUGAGAUUGUCAGUGCCAAGUCUUCAGAGAUGAACGUCCUCAUCCCCACAGAGAGUGGUGACUUUAACGAGUUCCCUAUCCCUGAACAGUUCAAGUCCCUGUGGAACGGGCAGAAGCUGGUUACCAGCGUGACGGAAAUUGCUGGCUAAGCAGAAUGGCAUUGGGACUUGUGCCUCCCCUUGCCCUGGCUGUGGGACAAAUCUGCUUUCAGACGAUUCUCUUAGAUUUCCUGUACCUUUCUGCUCUCAAACUGCUUCUCUGUCUUCUACCCGAGAGACACAGCUACCUGCCUUCGCUGAAAUACCUCGGGCUGGGCUUUGGUGUAGGGUGGCGGGUCAGUUGAUCAUCUGCAUCUAUCAGCAGGAAGGUGCAUCACCCCCCUCCUUGUCAGAUCUAACCUCACCAAUCAAUCACAUCUGACUUCUGGCGAACUUCAGAGCCAGGAUGGGUGGUUGGCUUUCAGAUUGUUCCAUGGGUUUGGUAUUGUGGUAUCUUCAGACAAAUUGUUCGUGUGGGAAAGGAAUGUUGUCUGUCUUUGAAUUGACAUAAUGGUGUCCCUAUCAGGGUCCAUCGUUCCCAGCUUGGUAAGUUGAGCUGGCAAGUGUGUUUCAGGAAGGUAUUGGGAGCUGCUACUAACUCCAGCUGUGUGUACUAAUCAGUCAGUGGCAUUACAAGAUGUGGGGAAUGGCUUUGCUGGACCAAAGGCUGAGGACUGGGCGUGUAGCAUUCCACCGUAAGUUUCCCUUUCAACGCUCCUAUUUGCUCUGUGUAAUUCUCUUUGUGCCAUGAUGGGGAGCUUUGCAGUCAACAGGUGCCACGGAAGACUGCAUUGGAGUAAAUGAUCUACUCUGCUGUCUGUCCAGGGUUAGAAGCUGAAGUGUCCACUUCCCUAUGAGCCCUUCUCCAAAAGGGAUCUUCACCCAAGGGGUUCCUUCUAAGCAGCUGAACUCAAGUUCAGUCUUCCAAGACAGUUCUUCUGAACCUGUCUCUCCUUCCUAGCGAGGGAUGCUUCUUCAUUCCCCAUUCAGUAUUUGUUUUGUAAACAAGAGUUCGACUAAGUCAGUUCCAUUGGUCAUCCUCACUCAUGCUUAGUUACUAUAGAAUGUGAAAUUGUUCUCAGCCUCUCCCCUUCCCCUGUUGCUUGGCUCUUUACUCUGCUGGAGGCUUGCAGCCUCUUUUCCAGGGCCUGCAUUGACCCUAAAGGGAGCUGCACAUGCUUGCCCUUCGUGUUUCCCUGUCUCUGGUGACAUCCGCAUAUCUGACUGCAUUUCCUCUGUACGUUGUCAAUGGUUUUUUCUCUAGGAUGAAACUCACAAAAUAUGCAAAUUUUUUUUAUUUUGAGACUGUCCUGUAACUUGUACUCAUCUUCUCCUGAGGCUUGUGGAAAAAACUUUUCUUAUGUACUUAAAAUUAUACAGAAGAUAGAAUAAAGUUCAUGCCAACCUGCUCAUUA